CUUGAAGCUUGAAGUCUGGGGCUCUUAGCCUCCGCCUUCAAAUUCUCUUUCAUUUGUAAUACUCGCCUUGGGAUGUCGUUCCUCAUCGAUGACAGUCUUCAUUACCUCUCUAAUGAAUUUAUUGGCUUCCGGGUUUCAUUGCGUCUUUUGUUGUCUCAUCCCGUUCUUCAUGACUCUCCUCUAUGGUGGGGGACUGACCCUAUACCAUUGCCAAUGGGAUGCAUCGCUUAUUAGCCUUCGAGCAAGACUCAAAACUGCGCAGAUAAGUUAUUGCCAGAAUUUGCUACUUGAUGCUCAUCGGACAAAUGAAGAGAACGAAUCGAUGGUAAGGAGUGAUUGUACUGGUACAGAAGCAAAAUGACUUGAUACGUUCCUUCUAGCUAUGAAUCGUCGAGCUCGUUAUAAUUAAUAUAACU